CGGCUCCCGGCCCCGCGCCCGCCGCCGCCGCCACCGCCACGGCCGCCGCCGCCACGGGCCAGACCCUUCAUGUGGCCUUUGUAAAUAUGCGUUUGAGACAGAGAGAGGUAUGUAGCAGCUGAAAAAAAUGCCUGGAAGAUUUCUGUCCCUCCUCUUCCUGCCCAUUUUCAUCUCUGCCUGAUUCGGAUGAUGUGAUAUUCGGAGAGACAGCUUCAUCGAAGUCGUCCUUCAAGGAGACCCAUCUGGCCCAAGACUGGACGUACAGAGUUCAGGAUGGCCGGUCAGCCGCCAGAGGAUGCCGCUGAGUCUCAGGUCUCGGACGAGCUGGAGUGUAAGAUCUGUUACAACCGGUACAACCUGAGACAGAGGAAACCCAAAGUGCUGGAGUGCUGUCACAGGGUGUGUGCCAAAUGCCUCUACAAGAUCAUAGACUUCGGGGACUCCCCGCGCGGCGUCAUCGUCUGCCCUUUCUGCAGGUUCGAGACGUGCCUGCCGGAUGAUGAAGUCAGCAGCCUGCCCGAUGACAACAACAUCCUGGUGAACUUGACUUGUGGCGGCAAAGGCAAGAAGUGCCUGCCCGAGAACCCCACGGAGCUGCUGCUGACCCCCAAGCGGCUGGCCUCGCUGGUCAGCCCUUCCCACGCGUCCUCCAACUGCCUGGUCAUCACGAUCAUGGAGGUGCAGAGGGAGAGCUCACCGUCGCUCAGCUCCACGCCCGUGGUCGAGUUCUACAGGCCCUCCAGCUUCGACUCCGCGACCACCCUGUCGCACAACUGGACCGUGUGGAACUGCGCGUCCCUGCUCUGUCAGACGUCCGUCCGGGUGUUGGCAUGGUUGCUAGGUUUGCUGUACUUCAGCUCCUUGCCCUUGGGCAUCUACUUACUGGUGUCCAAGAAGGUCACCCUCGGGGUGAUCUUCGUCAGCCUCGUCCCUUCCAGCCUCGUCAUCCUGAUGGUAUACGGCUUCUGCCAGUGCGUCUGUCACGAAUUCCUGGACUGUUUGGCACCGUCCUCUUAACCGAGACGCACGCUCAGAAUUUGACACACGUUGCCAUGUUUCAAGUUAGGUCAUUUAGCCCGUCUUUUCUCGCGUAUUCUCUGUGAUCGGUGCCCAUGGCGUGAACAAAGCCACUGGGCAUAUAUUUGUGGUCCGUUUUCCAUCAAAAUGUUGACUCAGCUGGUUCCCCUGUAUGCUGGAAGUAAAAAUGUUCGUUGCUACUUAUGUGUUAGCAAAAAAAGAAAAAGGGAUCAGCUAAGCCUUCCUAGAGCGCUUCUGAGUCUUCCCAGAGAAAGGGCAGGUUCCGCUCCGAGCUGCUAGACAGACACCAGGGCCAGGCGUGUUAUGCUGCCGUAGGGGUCUUUGUGGACAGUUAGGCAUGAACUGAUGCCUCUUCUCAUAAUCUUAGCCGGGGAUGGAGGCUGGUCCAAGAGGAGAGCAGCCCCGAGACACACCCGUUUGCUCAGUGCUCAGCCGCUGCCCCUGUCCCAUUGUUGGCGCUCCUGCAGAUCCUCUUCAGCCCGGAUGCUGGUUCCCUCUGCGCAUGCUCCUUGCCAAGAGGAAACUCGCCUCUUGUGUGGUUUCAGUUAUGUACCUGUUUUGCCACAUUACUAAAGAGAAUUAAAAACAUUGAGGAGGGGCUUCCUUGGUAGCACAGUGGUUGAGAAUCUGCCUGCCGAUGCAGGGGACACGGGUUCGAGCCCUGGUCUGGGAAGAUCCCACAUGCCGCGGAGCAACUGGGCCCGUGAGCCACAACUACUGAGCCUGCGCGUCUGGAGCCUGUGCUCUGCAACAAGAGAGGCCACGAUAGUGAGAGGCCUGCGCACCGCGAUGAAGAGUGGACCCCGCUUGCCGCAACUAGAGAAAGCCCUCGCACAGAAACGAAGACCCAACGCAGCCAAAAAUAAAUAAAUAAAUUUAAAAAAAAAUUAAAAAACAUUGAGGAAUUUGCAUCAGAGUAAACUUCAAGGCGGAAUGUGGCCGCUUGUUUUUGAGACACACCCUUUCCUCCACGUUUAUUUUCCACUCUCCAGCCUUCUCUGAAAUUCUCUCAGAUCAGUUAUCGUUCACAGAGAUCUGAUUUGAGCUUUUCCUUAAAGCAUUUUCAUUUAGUUUCUUUUUUUUUUUUUUUAAACCACGUUGUUCAGUCAGCCCCAUCCCUUAUCCUGAGUGAGGUUCCGUUUAAAUAGUUGCUAUAACUUUAUGUGGAUUUUGUUUUUUUCCCAUUGUAUUUAAAAUUCUAUUAGGGACUCAAUCCCAUAAAAAUUUGGGGUAAAUCGCGGCAGUGGAAACCCAGAAACAAUUCAGGAGCUGUUCAAGCUCAUGGUUGGAUGUGCUGAGAACCUAAGUAUUUUGCUGUGCUUUACUGAGCUGUACCAAAAUACUGUGGUUUAGGCUUAUGUGCCAGACUGUGUUGCAGUAGGUCAGGCAGAAGGAUGGGCAAGAAACACGCCAAGUUGAUACCCUGAAUCGAAAAGAUCCUUCAAGGAAGUAAGAUGGAGGGGCAGAGUGCAAUCUGACUAUUGCCAUCCCUGUUAACUCCCUUUUAGAAAGAAUUCAAGUUCUUAUGCAGUCUAUUUCAAAUAAAAGCAUAAGCUAUGUGACUUGAGUUAAUGAACUUCUUUUCAUGAUGUAGGGGAAGUUGAAUGUAUAUAUUUAUGAGAAGAAAUUGGUUAGCAGAUUUUAGGUUUGAGGGAAUAGAAUGCCCACAGAAAGUAGGCAAAAAAAAAAAAGCUUUUUAGUCUAAAACUCAUUACUGAUGAUAAACAUUUAAAUAUUUAUAACUCUUAGGGGCAUUACUAAGACUACGUUAACUUGUUUGUGAUGAAACAUUUGUUGCGUGAAAUACAGUGAACCAGUUCCAAUCUCUUUAUUCAGUAAAAAACGACACUUAUUUCUAGAAUAGUAGUUUGACUUUAAUUCUGUAACUAUUAACUUUGAGAAUAUGUAUGCCCAGGGUAGGUAUGACAGGAAAGUAUAUGUGGGAUGUGGCCCAAUGAAUUUAAGCCCCAGUACAGCUAAAUACACUUAUAAUUUCACGAAAUCUAGUUUAGAUAGCAUUGUGAAUGCAAUUUCCAAAUAUCCAUUUGUACUUAGAGUAAAUAUAAUGUUUAGGAGAUGUUUUGUGGUCCAGACUUAUAUAUUUAUAAGGUUUUUAAAAAAUGUUCAUUUUGCCUGAAAUGUAACAUCAAAUAAAUUGGUGAGUUAUCAUAGGAUGAGGUAUCUAGAAAGCUCUGGAUAUGGGUACUAUGCAUUUUGCUUAUUUGUAUAGUGUCUGCAGUGCUAAAUUUGUGUCUCUCUUUGUAUUGUGAUAGUCUUUUUUUUUUUUUUUUUUUUAGUUGCCAGUAAGUUAAUUUGGUGUUAAAGAGUUUUAAAUGUAUGACAACAAAAAACUCUUCAUGCUGUUGAAUGAAAAAAGGACAGUGCUUCAGUCUUAUUUAUU